UGCAACCAAAUAAGACUCCGCUGAUUUAUAGUGGAAGGAUGCAACAGUGAGUCGGUCCUUUACAGCAUCAAGAUAAUCAUUUUCAACACCUUUCCUAGCAGCUCUGUGAACUGGAGGUAUAAAAGAAGAUAAGGACGCCUUCACUGCUGUGAGUUUGACCUGAGGGCUUUUCCUAUGGUGGCCAGCCAAUGCCUGGCCAUGGGCAACGGUUCAAUAAAAGCCCCAAAGGCUGAGGAGAACAGCUGCCUGGCCUCCAUCCACCUGGACCCUACUGGCCUGGAGACAGAACUCAGGAUGAGGAUUACUCACCUGGAGGCAGAGCUGGCACAUCGGAACCAAGAAUUCAGAGCCCAAGAGAUUCAGUUAUGGAAUCUCCAGAGGGAACUGGAGGCCAAGAUCUCCCAGAUUGACAAGCUCCAGGAUGCUAUUGGCUACAACAGCCUGUGCUGCUCCUCGCCAGCCUUGUGUCGCCACAGCCACCGACGUUUCAGUGUCAUCAACCAGGGGUCAAACCGCUUCCACAAGGUAGCUGUGGAGGUCCACCGCAGGCUCAAAGCAAAAGAGGGCGUCUCUGCUGAACCCACCUCAGAAAACUUCUGUGGCGGGGGCAGGGCGACAAGCAUCUCCAUCGCCAAGACCAUCCGUAAAGAUUCAGGCACCAAGAAACUCAUCAACAGUGCAAUCAUGAAAAAUGACUUCCUUAAGAAGCUGGAGGCUCAGCACAUGAGGGAGAUGGUUGACUGUAUGUAUGAGAAGGUCUACACUGAGGGCCAGUUGGUCAUCCAAGAGGGGGAACCUGGAAACUACCUCUAUGUCCUUGCAGAGGGCUUGCUAGAGGUUAUCCAGAAUGGGAAGCUUUUGGGGGAGAUGCGGCCUGGCACAGCAUUCGGAGAACUGGCCAUCCUGUACAACUGUAAGAGAACAGCAACAAUUAAAUCUGUGUCCCAGUCUCACAUCUGGGCUCUGGACCGUCAGACUUUUCAGACCAUCAUGAUGAGGACCACACAGGCCCGACAUGAAGAGUACUUCAGCUUUUUGCGCAGUGUAUCUCUGCUGAGAGGACUGCCUGAAGAGAAACUGGCCAGGAUUGUUGAUUGUCUAGAAGUGGACUGUUUUGAAAAAGGGGAGUAUAUUAUUCGAGAAGGUGAAGAAGGGAACACGUUUUUUAUCAUCGCCAAUGGAGAGGUCAUUGUCACUCAGAGCACAGAGGGGUUUGCUGAACCACAGGAAAUCAAGACUUUGGGAGUUGGAGACUAUUUUGGAGAGAAAGCUCUGAUCAGUGAGGAUGUGCGUUCUGCAAACAUCAUCUGCAGUGAGAACGACACACACUGCCUGGUGGUGGACAGAGAUAAUUUCAACCAAAUGGUGGGAACUUAUGAGGAGCUUCAGGCUUAUCUCAAAGAAUAUGUGGAAGAGCUCUCCAGGUGUGAUGAGAGGAGAAAUGCUCUGCCUUACUCACCUCAGAUUGACUCUGCAGAGGCUCAGGAGCUGAGGAGGCUGAGGGAGAGGAUCAGCCUGCUGCCCCCACAACAGCCUUUCCAGGAGCUUGAGAUCAUAGCUACAUUGGGCAUGGGAGGAUUUGGACGAGUGGAGCUGGUGAAGCUGAAGGAGGAGGAUAUCGCAUUUGCACUGAAGUGCAUUAAGAAGAAGCACAUUGUGGACACCAGACAGCAGGAGCAUAUCUAUUCUGAGAAAAACAUUCUUCAGCUAACAAACUCAGUAUUCAUCAUCAGAUUAUUCCGAACAUUUCGGGAUGACAAAUACGUCUACAUGCUGCUGGAGGCGUGUCUUGGGGGAGAGCUGUGGACUGUGCUGCGGGACAUGAGUUGUUUUGAUGAUGCCACAGCCAGGUUCUGUACCGGUUGUGUCUUAGAGGCUUUCGAUUACCUCCACACUAUGGGCAUCGUCUACAGAGACCUCAAACCUGAAAACCUUCUACUGGAUGCUGAGGGCUAUGUCAAAAUGGCAGACUUUGGCUUUGCUAAAAAAAUUGGCCGUGGAAAGAAGACCUGGACUUUUUGUGGUACUCCAGAGUAUGUGGCCCCAGAGGUCAUCCUGAGCAAAGGCCAUGACUUUGGAGCUGAUUGCUGGUCUUUAGGAAUCCUCAUAUUCGAACUGCUGACUGGCAAUCCACCCUUUACUGGCUCAGACCCCAUAAAGAUUUACACCAUGGUCCUCCAUGGCAUUGAGAAGGUGGACUUCCCCAAGAGAAUAGGCAAGCGUCCAGAUGACCUCAUCAGGAGACUCUGCAAACUCAACCCAGUAGAGAGGCUGGGAAACAAAAAGAAUGGCAUCAUUGACAUCAAAAAACACAAAUGGUUCCAGGGCUUUAACUGGGAGGGUCUGAGGCGCCACAAGCUGCUGUCUCCACUUAGGAGAGAACUGAAGGGGCCGCUGGAUCACAGUCAUUUUGAUAUUUUUCCUCCUGAGACAGAGGAGCCUCCUGAUGAGCUGUCCGGCUGGGAUAAAGACUUCUGAGGACUCUGUCCAUGUUGGAAGGACAGAGGACCUGGCAAAACAAACUCCUCUUUGGCUUUUCUCUGUCACUCCAAGUGAAGCACAUCCCCAUUAAUGAGACAGCACAGGUAAUGGUGAAUGGAGUUGAGCUUUCUAGUCUUCUGACUACUCAAAGCGCUUUUGCACCGUAAGUCAUACACAUUCACACACUGAUGAUAGAGGUUGUUAUAUUAAGUGUCCAUCAGUAUUGACAAAUCCCAUUCAUACACAUUCACAUGCAUCCAAUGAAGCAAGCUUGCAGCUUGAAAGAGCUUCUUUUGGUUAAGUGUCUUGCCCAACUUCACAUCGGAAAUGCGGAUGCAGGAGCUGGGGAUCAAACCCCAGACCUUCCAGUUGAGAGAAAAGCAACCCUGCCACUCCCAGGUGACCUGCAUUCAGGGAAGUUAUUGUCAUCCUGCAAAAUUUAAAUACUCUUUAAGAAACUUUUCUCCUGCAGAGACAUAUUGCCAAAACCUUACGGUAGCUGGGUUUACUUCUGGGUAUGAAAAAGGGCUUCUGUAGGUACAACUGCAAGUCAGUUUCAAAUCAUUAACACUGAAGUUUCUGUAUAACACAAAGUAGGAGGAGCCCUCACUGUACACUCAGCCCAGACUUUUAAUAUGUGGCUAUGUGAUGGUGAUCAUCUUCCAAAUCUUCCACAAGCAUGUACAUUCCUGAUAUAUGCCCUGAAAGUGCUGUGGUGAGACAGAGUCUGUCUUUUUUGUGCUAUUUGGUGCACAAGGUUAAUUCCCCAAUCUUACCUACCAGGGCCAGCAAUUGGCCCAAAAGAACUUAAGAACAUUUUAGCACAUUGCAAGUUUGUCUGGCUCCAUUAUGCCUGUUUUGAUCCAUUAUUAUCAUGAAACAGAGGCAGAAGCUAUGUGUGGUUGUAUAUGGUCAAUGCAGUGGAAAAGGGCUACAUUUGGUAACACAAGACUGUACCAGUUUAUAGAAAAACAUUUUAAUGUUGUGAAAUAUAUUUUCCAUUUCUUAAUUGUAGUAAUUUUUUAUCUAGAUAAGAGUACUAAUGUAGUCCAUUUUAUUAUGUCCACUUGGUAAAUGGAAAAUGGACUUGAGCUUGUAUGGCACCUUUUUUAGUCUUCUGACAACUCUGAGCACUUUUACACAGCUACCCAUUCAUUUCACACACAUUCACACACUGAUGGCAGAGGCUGCUAUGUGAAGUGUCCAUCAGUAUUAACUAAUCCAUUCAUACCAAUAACACACACAACGACGACGAAGCAGCAGAAGCAACUUGGGGUUACUCAAAGACACAUCGGACAUGGUUCUACAGGAGCUGGGGAUUGAACCCCCAACCUUCAAGUAGAAAGACAACGGACUCUACCACUGAGCCACAGCUGCCUCUGAUGCACUGUAAUAUGAUCCAGUCUCGUUCUGUCUACUCACAAGCUUUAUCUAAUAAAAAUACUUUGGAAUCAAACCUGUCAACUGACAAAUUUACAAACCUGUUGAUCCAUGCUGAUUAUGAUAAACCUAUUUGGUAUAUCAUUUGUUGUGGUUGCUGUGAAAAUGUUAUAAUUACAUUCAUUAUGCAGAAUAUUAGUGAUGUUGACAUUGUUUAACCCAAACUUCAAUAUUGUUUCUCCAUACUGAACUUCAUAGGUUCCCAGUCAAUAAAGUAUUAAAAAAACUUCUUUUUAUACUUAAUGGUUACUCACUCCUUUCAAUAGUUUUGUUUUUCUUCAAUGAAGCCUUCAUGCUCAAGCAUUAGCAUGAACUUUAAAGUAUAUUGUUGAUUCAUGGAAAAAAUGUUUUUACUAUGAAUUUCUUGAACAGGUUGAACCUUUAAAUGUCUAUCUCAUCCUAUUGCACAAAGCUCUGUCUGUUAAAGUGUAAUGUUCCAACAUCAUGAUAACUUUUUUUAAGGAGGCAUUCUGGUCUAAACUGCGGCACAAUAAAGCACGUCAUGGCUUCAA